AUGUCGUCGAUGAUCAAGUCUCUGGAUAUUCUCAAAACCCCUUCUUCAGUUAAAAUCAUCACUCUCACACUCUUCUCUAUGACCCUUCUCAUCUUUCUCAUCACUCGCUAUUCUCAUACAACUACAAUAACAACCAUCUCUUCUUCUCUCACCUUCUUCUCCCCUUCUCCUCCUCCUCCUCCUCCUCCACCUGAUUAUCACCACCAACAACCACCACCUCCACCUCCACCUCCACGUCAACCUAAACCCUUCAUUUUACCUCCGUUACCGCCGCUACACCGAAUAGGUCUAAUUGACCAAAAUGGCGUCAUGACAGACAAUUUCACUGUCGGAAACGACGACUCACUGCUCAAUUGGAAUUGGAACAGCAGCAACAACAAUGAAUCAAUUCUGGUGGGGAAGGAGGUUGAUGUGGUGGUGAACAAGUAUAAGAUUUGUGAUGAUGUGAAAAUGGUGGAUUAUAUACCUUGUUUGGAUAAUGCUCAAGACAUUGCCAAGCUUAAUGCGAGUGAAAAAGGAGAAAAAUAUGAACGGCAUUGUCCUGAACAAGAGAAGGCUUUCAAUUGCAUUGUUCCUAGGCCUAAAGGUUAUAAGAAACAUAUUCUUUGGCCACAAAGUAGAGACCAGAUUUGGUUCAGUAAUGUACCCCAUCCACGUCUGGUUGAGGAUAAAAGUGGCCAAAAUUGGAUAUCAAUAAAGAAGGAUAAGUUUGUUUUUCCAGGAGGUGGAACACAGUUUAUACACGGCGCAGACAAAUACCUGGAUCAGAUUUCUGAGAUGGUUCCUAACAUUACAUUUGGUUACAACACAAGAGUUGCAUUGGAUAUUGGCUGUGGAGUGGCAAGUUUUGGUGCAUUUUUGAUGCAACGUAAUGUGACCACUCUUUCAAUAGCACCAAAAGAUGUUCAUGAAAACCAGAUUCAGUUUGCUCUUGAGCGUGGCGUGCCUGCCCAUGUAGCAGUAUUUGCUACACAUCGUUUGAUGUACCCGAGCCAGGCAUUUGACCUCAUCCAUUGUUCUAGAUGCAGAAUUAACUGGACUCGUGAUGAUGGAAUUCUGCUUCUUGAAGCAAACAGGCUUCUGAGAGCCGGUCGCUACUUUGUGUGGGCAGCGCAGCCUGUAUACAAACAUGAAGUGAGUCUUCAAGAACAAUGGAAAGAAAUGGAGAACUUGACAGCUAGCAUGUGUUGGGAACUUGUACGGAAAGAGGGUUAUAUUGCUAUAUGGCGGAAACCUAUUAAUAACAGCUGCUACCUUAGUCGUAAUAUAUCUGUGCGUCCUCCAUUAUGCAAGUCCAAUGAUGAUGCAGAUGAUGUUUGGUAUGUUGGUCUUAAGGCAUGCAUAACACAAUUGCCUAAUAAUGGAUAUGGAGUGAAUGUUACUAACUGGCCUUCACGCCUCCAUCAACCACCAGACAGACUUCAAAGCAUCAAAAUGGAUGCCGUUAUAUCCAGAAAGGAACUCUUUAGGGCCGAAUCAAAAUAUUGGAAUGAAAUAAUUGAGAGUUAUGUUCAUGCUUUCGGUUGGAAGAAGCUCAACUUAAGAAAUGUAAUGGACAUGAGGGCAGGAUUUGGAGGGUUUGCUGCAGCAAUGCAUGAUCUCGAGAUUGACUGUUGGGUUAUGAAUGUUGUUCCUAUUAGUGGAUUCAAUACCUUGCCUGUUCUAUACGACCGAGGGCUAAUAGGAGUUAUGCAUGAUUGGUGUGAGCCAUUUGAUACAUAUCCAAGAACAUAUGAUCUGCUAAAUGCAGCCGGUCUAUUCUCUGUUGAAAAAAAGAGGCAAAAGUGUAACAUUUCAACCAUCAUGCUCGAGAUGGAUCGCAUGCUUAGACCAGGUGGUUAUGUAUAUAUACGCGACUCGGUGGAUGUCAUUAGUGAACUUAAACAAAUUGCGAAAGCAGUUGGAUGGGUUACUGUCCAGGAUGAUGUGGGAGAGGGCCCAUAUGCAAGUUGGAAGAUAUUAAGGUGUGAGAAGCACUUCUGA